GUCGACUUCUUGCACCAUCAACCAGAACAAAUCCACCGAAGCUAGUAGCCAUGAAGUCGUUCAUCGUCGCCUUGGCAUACAUUGCAUUGGCAUUUGCCGCACCUGUAAUCAUUGAGCCUCAAGGUCAAGCGUCGUCGCCGAAUGCUGUCUCAAGUCGAGAUGAGGCUGUCAAGUCCAGCUUCGAUAUUGCACACAGGAACAGACAAGCUCGGUCAAUAGCAGUGAAUAGAAGGGAAGAUGAUGCGCUCGCUGGCAUAGUCUCAGCUCGAGACGGUACAACUGAAUUCGACGCGGAUGCCUUCUACAAGGACAGGCGAAACGAUGCAGCACUCGAAGCGCGGGAUGGCACGACUGAAUUUGACGCAGAUGCCUGGUACAAGGGCAGGCGAGACGACGACGCACUCGCUGGUAUUGUAGUCACGGCUCGGGAUGGCACGACUGAAUUCGAUGCAGAUGCCUUCUACAAGGAGUGAUCUUUUCUUCACGCUAUGAGUGUUCCAUCCAUG